AUGUCGUUACUGCUGAGACUUUUGCGAUCUAAAUGGAGCCCACCUGCCAAGACUACAUCCACGUUCAAUGGAAAGACCGUCGUCAUCACAGGCUCAAACACAGGUCUGGGAUUCCAAGCUGCUCGUACUUUUCUAGAGCUCUCUGCUUCCCAUGUCGUCCUUGCAGUCCGUAAUACCUCGAAAGGGGACAUCGCUCGCAAGCAACUUGAAGCUCAAACUGGCAGAGAUGGGGCCAUCUCUGUUCUGGAGCUUGACAUGAACAACUUUACCAGCGUUAAAAGCUUUGCCGGACGUGUCAGCCGACAGUUCAAAAGUAUCGAUAUUGUCAUUCUAAAUGCGGGCCUUCAUAAUAGAGAGUACGUCACGAGUCCAGAGGGUUGGGAAGAAACACUGCAGGUCAACACGCUGUCUACCGUUCUUCUUGCUUUGCUACUCCUGCCUAAGCUGCGGUCUGCGAGACUAGAAGAAUCUGCUUCGUUACCGCACCUUGUCCUUGUUUCCUCAGGAUUGCAUACCGGAGUUGCCCGAUCUUCCCUUCCAUCUCCACCCCAUAACAUACUAUCAGCUCUCGAUACUCCACCUGAGCCAGCGGUUGCCUUCAAUGGCGGGCGUCAAUACGCUGUUUCUAAGCUUUUCUUGAUGUACGCCGUUAAGUCUCUCGCCUCACUAGCAACGUCACCAAGCGGUGAGCCCCAAAUCAUUGUCACCUCCUGCUGUCCGGGCUUCUGUGUCUCUGAGCUGGGAAGGCAAUACAGCAGCUGGUUUGAGGGUUGGGCUAAGUGGGCUUUCUACGGCUUGUUUGCCCGUUCCACCGAAGAUGGAGCUCGAACACUCGUUUGCGCCAGUACACUGGGAGAGGAGGCGCAGGGUGGGUAUUUGACGAACGGGGAAAUACAGACACCGGGCGAAAUGGUGGUCAGCCAUGAGGGAAAGGAGAUUCAGAAGCAGGUCUGGAAAGAGAUAGUCGAUGUGUUGAAGGCAAAAGUGCCAGAGGUGGAAAAUCUGGCUGUUGCUGCUCAGUAA